AUGAGAAACGAACCAACGCCGAUGAUAACGAUAGCGAAUUUUCCGAACGAUUUGGAAACGGAGAUACUCGCUAGGGUUCCGGCGAAGUCUCUCUCCCAACUGAAAACGACUUGCAAACGAUGGUACACUCUUUUCAAAGAUCCAAAGUUCGUGGAGAAGAACAAGAAGAUGAGUAGUAAAUCCGCCAGAGAGACGAUGUUACUGAACAAUCACGAGGUUUACUCAAUCGCCGGAGAUCUCCACAACAGCAGCAGCAGAGUCAUCGAAUCCUCACCUCUCGAUUUCACCGGUAAACUCUCAAAAGACUUGAAACUCUACGCGAUGUAUCACUGCGACGGUUUAAUGUUAUGCGUAGCAAACGGUAGUGUUGCGGUUUGGAAUCCAUGUACUGGUCAAAGGAAGAUUAUCAAACCAAGAACUCGUUACCAUAGAACCGAUACGUUUGCCUUAGGAUAUGAUUCUCGCCGUAGCUACAAGAUCUUGAGGUGUGGCUAUAAUCGAAACGCCGAGAAAAAAAUAGCUGUCGAGUGUGAGAUGUAUGAUCUUGGGUCUGCUUCUUGGAGGGUUCUUGAUUCUUGGACUCUUGACUAUGGAAUGUACUGCAGUGGCGUGUCUUUGAGGGGAGAUACUUACUUCGUUGCUGGUGAUAAAGAAAUGGGUUUCUUCUUGAUGAAGUUUGAUUUCACGGCAGAGAGAUUCGUGCGUCUCCCUCUACCGUUUCAGAGCUUUGAUCCUGAGGACACUGCGGUUCUCUCAGUUGUUAGGGAUGAGAAGCUCUCUGUGUGUCAUCAGAAUAUUCAUACUUGGUCUGAUGUGAUGAGGAUUUGGGUGACCAAUAAGGUUGAGGAAGAGGGCAAAGAGUUAACGUGGAGGAAAGACUUUGUCUUGAGUGUGGAUUUCGCCAAGUUCAAACUCCCUUGUCUGUCGAAUGUUUCGAGCUUUUUGUUGGAUGAGGAGAAGAAAGUGGCGGUGUGUUGUGAGAUUUUUGAUGAAGAGAUGAAGGGUGAAGACAGGACCAAGAUCUACAUUGUUGGUGAGGAUAUGUAUAAGCAAGUGUAUAAGGAUGAAACUGUAAAUGCAUCUCUUCUCAGCUGUCCACUUGUCCUCACCUAUGUUCCAAGCUUGGUUUGCAUUCACUAAUAGAGACGGAUGUUCUUCUGGUUUUGUUUCGGUUUAGGCGAUAACUUGGUUAUGCUUUUCUUGUGUAUUGGAUCCUUUGUUCAAGAUACAAUGUUUUGC